CCGAUCCUUGGAUGAGUUCUUCGUUGAUACCAUCGCGGCUAUGAUCGACUGCUACGAACGUAAAGACAUGAGAUACACGAAGCCCAUUUUCGUUCUCGCUCCGAUCGUCGCGCCUCCAGAGAACGGCGAGCCUGCUGUGCGCGUGCUGCCUGCUGACUUCGACAACUCACACCCGGAGAAAUACUGGUAUUAUCCUGUGUGUGGACAGCAUAACGCGAGGGCGGCGAUGAUGGUGAAAGACCAUCCCGUGUUUGAUUACUACAAUUUCUGUAAAUGGCCGUUCAGACCGAUCUACUUCCCUGACGACGAGUUCGAUGGCUACGCCCAUGUCAGCUGCGAAGACAACAUGAAAGACAAGAAGAAUCCACCGCGCUUGCAGGUUUUGUCUAUGCGGGACAUUCGCAAUAUCUGGAAAAUAAAGGGCAAACCGCGUGUGGUGCUCGGCAAUGCCUCGAAGAAACUGGACGAGGUACGAAAGUGGGUGCGGUUCAUGGCAUUGGCAAUGAAGAAGACGCCGUACACGCCUAUCUGGAACCUGUCAACGAAAGCAAAGAAAAAAAAGGAAUGGGCUGAGAAACUUCGAUACUACCUCCCGCUGGUCAAGGCAGAUGACUCCGUCUUCGCUUUCGGGUUGAAGUUCUAUGAGGAGUGGUCGAAAGGGAAACUCCUUGCUUCCGACGGCCGGCGUUGGACUGAAAAGCCGCCCACCCAUGAGGAGGUAACCAAGCCAGGCCUCUCCACUGUGACUGACAGCCAGGGGCUGAAGAAACACAUUUGCAAAAAGUUGGCCGAGCAGGGGAAGUUCAGUGUCAAGGAGAUGGUCGACAUAAUAAAAAUGGACCGGAUUAUGCUGAGGCUGUGGCACUACGUGGAGUUCGAGUACGAGGAAAUGGAUAAGCGGGAGUGGAAUGCCAACUCCACGUUCUUCAGGUCCAAGAAGCAACUGCUCGAAGAGUUCAAGGACAGGGGUCUCGACGACAAGCUUUGGAACGAGAGCAGGAAUUUUUUCACGGACACCACAUACGUCAACAAGUGCCCUCAGUUUCUCGGGUGUCAUCACGACAACAACAUCAAGAGAACGGCGGCCCUCGUCAACGACCAGCAUUUCCCGGCGGAGUGGAAGCGUGUCGUCCUUUCGGUGAUCACUGGAGAUCGCGCCAAAGGCAAAAAAAACCCUCGGGGCGUUGAUGAAUGCAUCAACAUUAUGUGGACAAGGACAAGCGCCUUGACGACACUGGCCCAGUUUAAUGUCGACCCAUUGACUGCCAUAGAUCACAAGGCCGUGCUGGGAAAACUAGGGCAUCAGCUACGCUCCCACACUUGCGUGCUCGACUUGUGCGGAACUAUUGACCGUGCGCAAUGGGACUCUGGGGCAUUCGCGUCUCUGAGUGAGUUGCUGGGCUUCGUUUAUCAGGACUACUGGAUAUUGGUGGUAUUUGUCCCCUGCCUGUGGAACCUCUCCUUCAUGACAUUUUUGGCUGCGCUUGGGGCUACCCGAUGCUGCGCGGGGAAGUGGGUUCGGAAGACGGCAUCGAAGAAGACGCAUCAGUUCGGAAACAUCGUCUGGGAGGAGCUGGAUGUGAUUCACAUCCUUUUCAAACGCGAGGAUCCUCUGCCACUGACUCACCCGGUGUACGAGGGAGCUGUUGAUGAAGACGACGCCGCCACUCUCCGGAGGAAUCAGAAAGUGACACCCACGGAUGUGGAAGAGAAGUCUUUCAAGUCUAUGACUUUCGCGGACAUCGGAAACCUGACCCAGAGGGGGGCUCUGUACAAGGACGGCGAGCGGAAUCCGAAUCAGCUGUGCAAUCAACUUCUUUUCUUCUGUGGUGUGGCGGAUGCCGUUGUGUUCUUGGGCAAGCCGCACGCGCAAGUGGUGUGGAGUCUGCUUCAGCAGGGAAGGCACGUCUUGGCCGUGGAUGGGGACACAACGCAGCUCGAAUACACCGUGCAGUAUGUCACCCAUGAAGUGUCGUCCAAGGCUUUCCCAUGUGAUUUCCACCAUGUCGUGGUCGAGCCCGUUUAUGACCCGAACAAGGACAUGUUCUUCAAGUUGACUCCGAAGAAAAGGCGCCAGGUCUACUCCUUCCUUUACGGCGAACAACCAAGGUUGAGAUUUGACCCGCAGUACGUGGUGCAGAAGGAAGUCGCCAUUGYGGUCCUCCAGGGCUACCACGGAGCGAGUCGGGCCGGCGCUGUGAGCUUCAUUAAGAGGCUGGAAUAUGUCUUUUUUAAYGAGGAUGUUGUCGAUCYGGCCGACUUCACUUUGGAUAAGUACAAGCUGGCAUUCGGUGAGGAGGAUGACUUCAAUAUCGAGACUGAGCAGGAGGAGAGCGUUGAGGACGACCUCUUCGAUUUGGACGGGCAAUUGGCCAUCUUCAACGCCCAAGUUUCUGAGUCGCCGUCAGUAUGCAAAUCGGGGACACCUCUCGCUACACCUACCUCGGGCGGUCCCACGCCCGUGUCCUCCUCAGCGCCUAUCAAGAGGGGUGGGUUGUCCCGUCUGAGGAGUUCGCCGGGGGAGCCUAUUCGUCUCACGCCGCAGCCCGAACGUCUUCGACCCGGCCAUCCAGUUCCUCCGGACCAUCCACAUCUCAAGGCUCCUGCGACUCCCUUCCACAUGGGCGACAAAUACACCUUCUCCACAGCCGAAGAUUGGGGCCAUGAUAUCGUGUGGCACCCAGACCAUUUCCAGCCAGUCCUUCUCGACGGCGAAUGGGCAGUGGCUGUGAGGGACGUAAGUGGAGGGUGGAUAUAUGACGAUCGUUGGGACCUCGAGACAUUCGAAUCUCGCAUCUACGAUGCGGUAUUGGAGAGAUUAAGUGAGGUCAAUCGACGAAGUAAGGACGACCCUGCUCUUCGCGAAUACGAGGACACGCUGUUCGAGUUCUUGCAGUCAAAUAAAUGGUUGAAAGUGUCCUCCGCGUUCUACGCCCUUCCGUCAAGCCCGUUAAUUAAGCAAGUGAGUUGGGAGUUGUCUGGGGUCACCCCGCCGGCAGGAGUUGUGAAGCGCAAGUCUCGCGGAAAGGACGGCGACGGGGAUGGUGAAGGCGGCGGGCAACGAGGUACCGGAGGUGGAAGUGAACAACGUUCGAUGAAACAGCGGUCUCCGGGGCACGCAGGCGGCGGAGAGGGGAAAAAGGGCAGCCGGGAGAAGAAGAAGCCUCGCAGCGGAGAGAAGACAAAGCAUCACAGAGGAGACAGGCAGGGGGCCGAUGUCGACCGCGACGAGGACGGCGGGGUUAACAGGCAGCACCUCAAUGGAGACGGGGAACGACUUGAGGCCUGGGUGUAUUACGCAGCCUGGCAAGCAGGAUCCUUAAUGUUGUGCGUGGAAGCCCAAAAGGAGCUGCAGGCGGACUGUCGGACUGAGGGUGAGUUGGCGACCAGUUCCAAUGUCGAGCCCAACAGACUCGGAGCCGAGUUAGCAGUCGUAAGCGACUCCCCGGUGAAAGCGGUCAUGUCGGCGUCAUUGGAAACUGCGGGGGCUCGGAUGAAUCCGAACCAGGGCCCUGUGAACAUCUCCCUCCCUGAUGCAUCUUUGGAGACGAUCGUGAUUUGGAUUCAUCUGAGGCACACGGACGAAGGACUUCAACUGGCAGGCGUUGAGGGUUGUCGACUACUGACGACUUUGGACAAGGACAAUUCCGCCGACGACCGGAUUGAUCCGACACUCAAGGACGUCGGGAUGGAGCUACCAGUUCAGCCGGGAUACGACGAUCCCUUUUUACAGGUAUCCGUAAAGGACAUCGUUGCACUCGUGGAUAGAUCCGGGGAGCUCAACGAUGAGGUUGUCAAUUUCUACAUGGCGAUGCUACUGGACGACUGUGGCCGGACUGCCGCUACCAUGAAGACAUACACCUUUAACUCUUUCUUCGCCUCUUCACUGCUUCUGUGUGGUCCAGCAGCUGUUCUCAGAUGGGCUAAAGAUGUCGAACUCCUGUCUCAUGACCUCGCCUUGGCACUGGUGCACAAGGACGGCGAACACUGGAGCCUUUUGGCCAUUGAAUUCUCUAGAUGUGUUUUCGAAAUCUAUGAUUCUUUCUCGAGUUCGUCAGCCAAAGAUUCCUCCUGCUCCGCACUUCUGGAUAAAACUGUUAAAUUUUUGAACACGGUGGCAGGUGCCGCCGGUGAUGGUCGCACUUUCGACCACUUCGCUCGCGAGGUCAGCGUGAAAGUAUCUGCAGACACAGUGCUUCAACCUCACCAACCUCUUCAUCCAAGUGAAGUUAGUAAAUCCUCCAGCCACCGUGACUCUAACCUGCCUCGAUCGUCUCAGCCGUUUGACACCGCUAAUUUACGUCCCUCCCGAUUCGUAUCUUCUUCCCUUUCUCGAGUUGACCUUACGAGUCAUCAUGAUGGUUGUGAGAGCAUUGCUGAUGCCACAAGGCCCACGAGUAACAAUGUUGGAAGCAUCGCAAACUCUGAUCAGUCCUUCGAUCGCUAUUUUCGCAAUCGCUGUCGCAAGAGCAUCAAGAGUGGAGCUGCUAGCAACGCUACGGGCAGUGCAGCGGCUGCAGCAAUGAGCACUGGUGGAGGACAGACUGAACGUGGAGGCAUCAGAACCAUAACUGCUAGUAUGCGUUCAAGUUCUGGAAGCGGCAGUAGUAGGGAUAGUGAAAGGGCCAAGAGCCUGAGGGGGAGAAACGGACGGCAAGGAGGAGAGGAGAGUGACAAUGACAUAAACCUGCAAGGCUUGCACGUACCUGCACCGGCUCAGACAUUCGAGAAAACACCCAUCAUGAUGAGAGAAGUUGGCCGGGGCACGAACGAGCCGAAGGAGGAUUCCUUAAUACAGCUUUUGCACCAUGAUCGUCGUUCAGGGAGAAAACUCCAGGAACGGAGUAGUUACAUGCUGAGCUAUAACGUAAUAUCAAACUUGAACGUGGUCGCCAAAUCCGCCCAAGUACUGAAUUUCACUCAUAGAACAGACCAUGGGGAUCCUACUGACAGGAAGGCCUAUGCCAUGGUGACAAGUGGACGUGGUUCAAGUCCUAUUGUCUACUUCUUAGAGAAAAAUUACGACCCGAUUAAGGCCGGCACAUACAAGGUAGUGAAGGCUACUCAGAAGGGCAAAAGUGGGCAAUUUGAUUUCGAGGAGCUGCCAGGAUCUUGGAUCGGCUUGGCUGGCCUGUUGUUGCUGGACUCAAGCUACUUGCUCCUCGCUGACUACAGCAACAAUUCAGUACGGAAGGUGGGAUUACAGUCAUACUAUGAUGAACCAGAAUUCAGUAAUCUGUAUGGCCCUCUUGGGCUGGCAAGGCAUCCAAUGGAGGGAACUCUGUACGUCUCCGGAGAAGGUAGAAUCUAUGCCAUCCCUCUGGACUCCACAUCCUCCCUUACCUCCAAAAAAGUACUUGCAGGACCUGCAGGUUACUCAGCACUUGAUUACAGCUAUGACUCGGAGGGUAUUGUAGAUAGUUGGGAUCCGUCAGUAGUUCGAUUUGACACCCCAUUGAUCAACCCUCGGUCAGUCUCUGCAGAUGGCAGCGUGCUAUACUUGAAAGAUGUAGAUUGUAUUCGGCGGGUGAAGACUGCAACGGGGGCCACAGACACAGUGCUCAAAGAGAGCAAAAACUCAAGCUGGGGUCCGUUGGAUGGUGAUCCUAUCUCUGAGCGGGCAGCAAUUUAUGAUCUUGUCGACCCUGUCGUCACGUCCAAUGGCUGCAAUAUGUUUGUCGGGGACGACAGCAACAGUCCCCGGAUCCGGUGGAUAAUGCUCUCAGCCCCAGGUGGUAAUGUCAUCCAGGUCAGGACAAUCGUGCAGUUCUCCAACCACACUGGAGUUCUCAGCCUUACUCUUUCCGAUCAUGACAGCUUUCUGUUUGUUGGAUUUUAUUACGCUGUCAUACUGAAGUUCGAUGUGGACAUCUUCACUCUUCAUCAGUGUGGAACAGUAUAUCGACCUUAUGAUCGCAAGGUGUCCCGUAGAGUGAUCCUGGCGAGCUGUAUGAGCAUAGCAGUCUGGGUUGUUCUUGUUCUCGCAGCAAUCGGUUUGUUUGUGGUCGUCAGGAAGCAUUCCGGGGAGACUUCUGCCCCACUUGCACCACCACUGCGGCCGUCGAAGACCAACCCUUCCCAGGAGCAACCUGCACACCGCACUCUCCCGCUUGGUGCAAUUCCGGAGAGGGCAUCAUUUGCACCACCAUCGUCUUCAAUGCCAAUGGAGAGUGGAAUGUCGAUACGAGAUGCGACAACCACACAGCUUGGAAUGUGGAGUUCAUCAAUGGCAGCGAGUGGCUUUACUCCCGGAAGUGGAACCGAUGAUCGUCAUGAUGAUGGCUCUAAUAUCCUGGAAUCUCUGCCGGGGUUAACAAGAUUCGCUCUAUCAGAGCUGUUAGCUGCGACGGCCAACUUCGGACCCAAUCACCUGCUCGCUGGUAAGGGCGGGGGAUUUGGUGAUGUAUACAGGGGUACUGUCAUGGUUGGACAAACACCAACCGACGUGGCAAUCAAGGUCAUGAAGGAGGGCCUUGAUAAGGCGAACACUCUCAGGCGCAGGCAGUUCGCUGCAGAGUUGCAAACGCUGGGCCAGCUGCGGCAUAUGCAUCUUUGCAAGCUCGAAGGCUUCUGUCUCGAGAACAACAUGUGCAUACUGGUGUACCCGUUCAUCUCAGGUGGUAGUCUGUACGAUCGAUUGCACGGAGAUGCUGCCUAUUCGGCCGCAGGGGGAGGUGUGCAGGCACCGGCAGCCACUCCAGGUCACGCUACCAUACCAAGCUUGGAUCUUGCUGAGAGAUUGUCCAUCGCCAAGCAGAUGGCCACCGUUUUGCGGUACAUGCACCACGAAGUGGACCCCCCCGUUCUUCACCGCGAUAUCAAGAGCCGGAACGUAAUGGUCCAGGGAAGCGGAAACACCCUUCGUGUUAUUUUGAUCGACUUUGGUCUUGCCAAACUGGGCAAUGCUCAGCAAGACCAGCAGCAAGAGGGGGUUCAAGCUGCUCAGGUGGCUCCUGGCAGGUGGCGUCAUGGGCAACAAACCGUGGUGUCCGUCGCAGCCUCAGGCACUCCCGGAUAUAUUGCGCCGGAAUACCUCGCUAAGAUGAAGCUGACGACGAAGAAUGACGUAUACGCAUUUGGUGUUGUGUUGCUGGAACUUCUCACAGGAAGGAAGGCCGUCUGGAUGCCACCACAUUCAGUGACACCAGCCCGUUGUAGCGCUCAGCUGGCGACUCGCGAUGACGUUGUGUCAUCUCUCCUGGACUUGAGCAUGCUGCAGGCUCGUCAGGAGCGCCUCACGAGACACAUCAACGUCCUGCGUCGUCUUCUCGCCCUGCUCUCUGACCCUGAUCGCACCCUACCCAUCAUCCCUAUUCGCCUAAGGACAUCUACGAGGGUGUACCGCGCUUUAUGGGACUCUGGCUCGCAGGGAGAUUUCGUUCRCCCUCGAGUGGUUGAGGAAGCUCGCCUAGCUACCUCUGGGUCUCGCUCUCCUAUCUCCGUUACCCUCGGAGAUAACAAGACGCAGCGCUUCUUCGAUCAGACGGUCCCUGACCUCCACUUCUCCCUCACCCUCCAGCCACCGGAUAGUACCCAGGCGCCUCGGCGCUACCAUUCCUCCGCCUACUUCGACGUGCUGGAGACUAGGUACGACUUUAUCCUUGGCACUCCCUGGUCUCGCCGGUUCCGUAGCACAGAGGCCGAAUGGGCGUUUGAGACAAUCAUUCUCAAAACGAAGUGUGGUCAAACCCAUCGAGUCCCCUUCAUUGGAACCACGAGCGACACCCCUCCAAACCUACCUCCCCAGGACCCUCGUCCUUCUGGGUCCCACCCAGACAUCUCCUUCACUUCUCCCCGUCAGUUUGCUCACUUCAUGCGACAGGAGGACGUCACGCUCUACUCAGUGAACGUCAUGGAUCUUCUUCGCUACGAUUCACUCUGUCCCGAGGUUGAGCUCAUCUCACUGGAGCCCGAUCCCCCUGACCCUUCCUCCAUCCUCGCGGCUCCCAUCUCUACAUCCACCCCGCAGCUUGCGGAUACCCCCUCGACAUCCCUGGUUCCUACGUCGUCCACUGCUGAGUCCACCCAUACGUCUCAUGCCGACGCAGACGUUGAGGAACUCAUGCAGUUCACGGCUGACUUAGAGCUGGUCAUUCGCGACCUGAUUCGGGAGUACCGCGACGUCUUCCCCCCGUAUUUCUCAUACAGCGGGAUUCCCCCGAUGCGCGGUGUCGAGCAUUCCAUCCAGCUCGUGCCUGACUAUCGUGUUCACCAUCAGGCACCAUACCGACUCUCGAUUCCAGAGGCGACGGAACUCAAGCGUCAGCUUGAGGAGCUCCUUCGACUUGGUUUCAUUAAACCUAGUAACUCCCCUUGGGGUGCACCUGUCCUCUUUGCUCGCAAAGCNCCUAGUAACUCCCCUUGGGGUGCACCUGUCCUCUUUGCUCGCAAAGCGGACGGAACUCUCCGCCUCUGCAUCGAUUAUCGCGGCCUUAACCAUUACACGGUUAAGAACAGCUAUCCCAUGCCCCGCGCGGAUGAGCUGUUUGACCGUCUGGCAGGCAACCGCUUCUUCACGAAGAUCGAUCUUCGUAGCGGUUACCACCAGAUCCGCGUUGCCGCAGAGGACCAGUCGAAGACCGCCUUUCGGUCGCGCUUCGGCUACUACGAGUUCACGGUGAUGCCAUUCGGCCUCACCAAUGCACCCGCCACCUUCCAGACGGCGAUGAACGACAUCUUCAGGGACAUCCUUGAAGAAUACGUCCUCGUAUACCUAGACGACAUCCUGGUCUACAUUCGUACCUUAGAAGACCAUAUCAGACACCUCCACGAUGUCCUACAGCGCUUACGCAAGCAUGGCUUCUAUGCCAAGCUCAGUAAGUGCCGCUUUGCCCAGCGCAAAGUGGACUUCCUAGGACACCAUGUGUCUGAACAGGGUCUCCACAUGGACGACGCGAAGAUCACUGCUAUUGCAGAGUGGCCCGUCCCCACAUCUGCCAAGCAGCUUCGUUGCUUUCUAGGCCUCACCAGCUACUAUAGUAAUUUUAUCCAGGGAUACGCUAGGUAUUCCUACAUCCUUACCUCCACCCUCCUCUGGAAGAACCCGCUAUGGUUUUGGACACCCCUCUGCGAGGACGCCUUCCGCGCCCUCAAGAAGGCGGUGACUUGCGCGCCGGUUCUUCGCCUUCCCGAUUUUGAUCGUCCCUUUAUCGUCACCACCGAUGCGUCAGAUUUUGCAGUAGGAGUURUCCUUUCUCAGGUGUUUCCCUCUCCUCCAGAUUCACCUUACCCCCAUGUUCCUCCUUUUCCCCCCCCUCCUGCUGACACUGCUUCUCGACUGACGCCUAUCCUACCACCACUUCCCUCCACUGACAGUCCUCUCAUUUCUUACUCCCCGACCAUCGUGGAGGAUGGGACUGUCGAGGCUCGUGCUAGGGAUUGCCGGAUCGCUUUCUACUCCCGUCAGCUACUACCUGCCAAGAUAAACUACACUGUCGAUGAACGUGAGCGUCAAGAGGGGAAAGGGGAAUACGAAGAGGGAGGAUCCGAAAAGUGGGACAAGGAAGAAACCAAGGAGGAAAAAGAGGAAAAGGGGGAGGGGGACUCAGACGAGGACAUGGCAGAAGAAAAGACGGAAGGAAGGGAGAAAGGAUCAGAGGGAGAGGACGAUGGGGAAAAUGAGGAAAGCUUGGAUGACGCUAUGGCGGAAGAAAGAGAAGAGGAGUCUGAGAAAGAGGAAACGAAGGAAGAGGAAGAGGAAGAAGAUAAAGUCCAAGAAGAGAAAGACAAAGGACACAAAGAAUUGGGAACAGUUGAAGGCAGAGGAGAUGGAAAGAUGGAGGAGGAAGAAGAGGAGAAAGAGGAAGAAAAAGUCGGAUCACAAGAGAAAAGAGUAAUGGAGGAGAAACCCCAAAAAGGGGUUGAAUCGAGGGGAGAAGAGGAGGGAUCAAAUAAGGACAAGGAAAAGGAAAGGGAAGGUGGCGACUAUAAUAAUAUGGAUGGAAAGGAUAAAGGGAGAGAAAAGGGAGGCGAAGAUGGGAAGGGACGGCGAAGGGGGGAAGGGAGAAGGAAUCCUUCGUGGAGACAGGGGAAAAAGUGGCAGGGGAGGAUAGGACAGAAACCUCUCGCCACACUCACCCGAAGGUGGUGUUGGAAGAGGUUGUCACUAAUGCCGACCGACCAAACGAGGUCACGCACUCAGAGGAAGAUCCAAAGGAAACAUGUGAGGACUCAGACGAAGAAUGGUCAGAUGAAGAACUAAGGAAAGACUCUCAAGAUGACAUGCAAGACUCGGAGGACGACUUGCUAUGAAUAGUAGGAGAGACACUACAGCAACCUAACGAAUCAGAUGUUCAUCCGAGGAAUACUCAAAAUGAACCAGGACCGAAUGA